CUCAAUCCCGGCUCUCAUUCUCCCAUAACCUUGUCAAAUUUUCUCUUUUGAAUUACAAGUUGCGAUUUUUAAAAUUUCUGCAUGAAGAAGUUGCUCUCGGUUCUCUGUCUCAAGCGGCGGCCGAGAAAAUCCAACCAAACAACCCUUAUCAGUCCUGAUCUCAAGCCAACCGGAGAAUCCAUGUCUGAGCCUCAGAGUAGCAGCGUCUAUGCAGAGGGCCAUGAGAGAGCAAAAAUAAUGGUUGAUUCAAAUGUUAACCAGACAUCCAACAUCAUCUUUAAUCACGACUUUUCUGACGGGCUAAAUUGUUGGCACGCCAAUUGUUGCCGCUAUGUAGCUUCUAAAGAAUUAGGAGACAGUUACAGUGUCAUCACCAAUCGCACUGACUGCUGGCAAGGCUUGGAGCAGGACAUUACUGGGAGAAUUUCUAUUGAUACAAAAUAUGAUGUUUCAGCUUUUGUUCGUGUGGAUGGGGAUCUACAGGGGUCCUAUGGAGUACAGGCAACACUUAGAUUAGAGAAUUCAGGUUCUGAUAUUAGCUAUUUAUUUGUUGGAAGAAAAUCGGUCACAAGAGAAGGUUGGGAGAAGCUGGAAGGAUCUUUUACACUGACAAGCUUGCCGAGCCGCGCUAUCUUUUAUUUAGAAGGCCCUCCUGCUGGAUUGGACAUACUUGUAAACUCUGUAAAUAUUUACCCCGCCCGGUCAGAGCAAUCUGUGACAAGAAGAUGCAUCCCUACUGCAGAUGGAAGCAUCAUACGAAACUCUUUCUUUGAGGAUGGCUUGAAUAAUUGGUCUGGUAGAGGGUGCAAAAUACUAUUACAUGAAUCUAUGGGGAAUGGGAAGAUACUUCCAUUACAUGGAAGCCAUUUUGCUUCUGCGAGCAGCCGUACUCAAUGCUGGAAUGGCAUCCAGCAGGAUAUUACUAAUAGAGUGAUUCGAAAAUUGGCAUAUGAUGUGACUGCUGUUGUUCGUAUUUUCGGAACUGCUAGCACUACCAAAGUUUUGGCUAGUUUGUGGGUUAAAGGAACCAAUGGCCGCGAACAAUACAUAAGCAUUGGGAAAAUUCAAGCAUCAGAUAAAGAUUGGUCGAAGUUGCAAGGAAAAUUUCUAUUGAAUGGUCAUGCUUCAAAUGUUGUAAUCUUUCUUGAAGGGCCUCCAUUGGGUACCGAUAUCCUUGUAAAUAGUUUAGUUGUAAAACGCACUGAAAAGCUUCCUCCUUCCUCACCACUUUUGUUUGAAAAUAUACCAUUCGGAGUCAAUAUAAUUGAGAACAGCAAUCUUAACGAAGGCCUGAGUAAGUGGUGUCCUCUUGGUUCAUGCACUCUAAGUGUAUCUAAUGGUUCUCCCCGCAUACUGCCUCCAUCAAUGAAAGACUCAAUUGGUCAUCACGAGCCACUUAGUGGUCGUUAUAUCAUUGCAACUAAUAGAACGGAAACUUGGAUGGGUCCCGCCCAAACAAUUUCAGACAGGAUUCUCUUACAUGUGACAUACCAGGUUGCUGCGUGGGUUUGCGUCCGAAAAGGGACGAAUAGUCCUCAAAUUGUUAAUUUGGCCCUUGGGGUGGAUGAUCAGUGGGUCAAUGGCGGGCACGUUGAAGUUACUGAUGAAAUAUGGCAUGAAAUUGUGGGUUCAUUCAGAAUUGAGAAGCAACCAUCCAAAGUUAUUGUGUAUAUGCAAGGUCCUUCAUUGGGUGUAGAUUUGAUGGUUGCUGGGCUUCACAUAUUUCCUGUUGACAGGAAGGCUCGUUUUGACAAUCUGAAGCAGAAAACUGACAAGGUAAGGAAGCGUGACGUCAUCUUAAAAUUUGAAGGAAUUGAUAUUGGGAAUGCAUCAAAUGCAAUUGUCAAAAUUAGACAACUGCAGAACAGCUUUCCAUUCGGAUCGUGUAUUAGUCGUUCAACCAUCGAAAAUGAAGAGUUCGUUGAUUUUUUUGUAAAAAAUUUCAAUUGGGCCGUUUUCGGGAAUGAGUUGAAAUGGUAUCAUACAGAAACCGAACAAGGACGCUACAAUUACAGAGAUGCUGAUGAAAUGCUUGAUUUCUGCAAGAGACAUGGAAUAGAGACUAGAGGCCAUUGCAUUUUUUGGGAGGUUGAAGAUGCUGUUCAGCAUUGGAUUAAAUCUCUAGACAAAAAUAAUCUGAUGAAAUCUGUUCAGAAUCGUCUGGAAAGUCUUCUCUCCAGAUAUAAAGGCAAAUUUAGGCAUUAUGAUGUGAACAAUGAAAUGCUUCAUGGCUCCUUCUAUAAAGAUAGACUUGGGGAAAGUAUAUGGGCCUACAUGUUUAAAGAAGCACACAAACUGGAUCCUUCAGCCACCCUUUUUGUUAAUGAUUACAAUGUUGAAGAUGGUUGUGAUGCAAAGGCUUCUCCAGAGAUGUUUAUUCAUCACAUCCUUGAUUUGCAAGAACGUGGCGCUCCUGUAGGAGGUAUUGGUCUACAAGGGCAUAUUAGCAAUCCAGUGGGACAAAUUGUGUGUGCUGCGUUGGAUAAGUUAGCCGUACUCGGACUUCCUAUUUGGUUUACCGAACUUGAUGUUGGUGCUGUAAAUGAACAUGUCCGUGCUGAGGAUUUGGAGGUUGUUCUUCGAGAGGCCUUUGCUCAUCCGGCGGUGGAGGGGAUAGUGCUGUGGGGAUUCUGGGAGUUGAUGUGUAGGGAUAAUUCUCACUUGGUUGAUGCUGAGGGUGAGAUUAAUGAGGCUGGGAGGAGAUAUCUUGCUCUGAAACAGGAGUGGUUGUCCCAUACGGAUGGACUUGUUGAUGAGUUUGGAGAAUUUAAGUUCAGAGGAUAUCAUGGGAGUUAUAGUCUGGAAGUAACUACUCCAUGGAAAAGAUCAACUCAAUCAUUUGUUGUUGAUAAGGGAGAAUCACCACUGGUUUUGCAUAUAAAUUUGUAGUUUGUACAGUUUAGCAGUUUAGCAACAUUGAAAUUAUAUAUGCUUGCAGUGGUUCAUACAGGAAAUGUAUAGUAUGAUUUAAUUACGUGAUUAUCAUCAUAUAAAUAUAUAUUUUCUCAGUUGUUUCAACGCAGUG